CCCGGUUUCAAAAUGGCGGGGAUGCGGCAAAAGACCGCAAUGUUCCGGGAAAUCAAUGUGUAUUCCUCUACUACAUUGAGAUGGAAGUCUAUAUCUAUAUGCACAGGUGCCUCAGCCAGCACCCUGCAGGACAUCAAAGUGCCGGAGAACUGCGGGGGCUACUCCUACAUCGACAGUGGGCUGGCGGGCUCAAAUGUCCGCAACCGAUUCAUUUAUUGGAGAACAUACCAGGAUGUACUUGAGCUGGUGGAAGAAUCGCUCGAUGCCACCUUAUCUGGCAACAUGGUCCGCUACAGAUUCCAGGACACGCCGGUGCUGCCGAACGUCACCAUCCAUGAGAUCCACGGCAAUGUGGUCAUCCUCAUCGCAACCGUAGCCAGUGUGCAUCGCUUGAUCUUCCCUCACCCGAGGAAGCUGAAUCGUCAGCAUAAUUACGUCCUGUCGGAGCAGAAUGCGGCCUCCAUCUUCUACAACGCCGCCCUGCCGGACGACCCAAAGAACCAGUUUCUGCUGACGCCAGGGGGGAGCAUCACCUCACACUUUCUGGGCAGCUCCAGCUGCGUGUGCCAGGACGACCACGCUGUUUUCACGCUGGCCACCAACACCGGGGGGAUUCUGGUCAUCAAGAUGCCGCCGGUCGGCGUUGCGGGUGUUGUAAUCCAGCAAGAGCUGUCCUGUGCUUCGGUGAUGAAGAAGUUGUGGAAUGGACUCAUCCCGGGCUCUAUGAGGAGCGGCCAACAAGUCAGCGAGACAGUUUUGAGCCUUCAGCUGAUUCCUGUGGAGGAUGACAUCUACAUUUUCUCCGUGUGUAAAGACGCCAGACUUCGAGUCUGGUCCAUAAAGACGCGCGACUGUGUGUUGGUGGAGAACCUGAUGGACUACACGUGUGAGGAGCUGGAGGAUGUGGACACUCCGGUCGUGGCCAAUGCAUCUGGGCAUGUGAUCAAAACCAUUUUGGGCAGCGCUACGUCGGAUCUGUGUGUGUAUCUAUCGCUGCAGCAGAAGGCACAGUUUAUUUUCUUGACUCCCGAGCUGGAGAACGGACGUCUAGUGCUGAGACAUGUCAGGACCAUGGAGAGGGCUCCUCCGGACGAUUUGGUGGACUUUUCGGUCACAGAUGACUUCUUGAUGUCUUUGUGGACCACACAGGCCGGGGAGACUUUGGUGUUGACUUCAUCGCUGUCACAGACGGAGAUGCUGAGCGAGGGAGACUGGCUCCCCGUCCACCUGGCUCCCUCCAGCGACUUCCUGGUGGUGCCUCAGAGCCGCGACGCCAGGGAGGUGUACGUGGAGAGGAUCUUCAGCCCCAAACUGUUCGCCCCGAGCGACAUUGUCAAAGCUCUCAGCGUGUACCGCCGCUGCCCCGCCCCUACGGUGGAGUUGGAGACGCUGUAUAACCUGAACUCUCUCAAGGAGGAGGUGAUCGGGGCCGUCGACGCGGAGAUUCGUAACCUGGUGUCGGAGGACGAGGUACAGGAGGAAGCGUACACCAAGCUGGAGCAGGAGCAGUGGGAGAAGUUCUACUCCUGUUGUCACCAGUACAAGCAGGUGGGCGAGAAGGCGAAGGGUCUGUUUGCCGAUCCUGUGACUGGUCUCUUUGGUAUGAUCAAAAAGUCCACGUUCAGCCUCCUGCGGCCGUGCGACAGAACGGAGGAACUCUAUCUGUCUCCUAGUCUGCGUCUGCCCGUGUCCUUUAUCGACAGGCUGGGCUUGAGUCCGGAUGUGGUGUCGGCCCGCCAGUUCUCGGAGGACAUCCGUCUGCUGUGCGACUGUAUCCAGCUGAUCGCCGAUCACACCCCGGCGGAGGCUGCCUGUCUGCAGACGGGGCUCUCGGACACUUUGCUGCGCCAGUUCACCGAGAUGAUGACCGACAUGAUUGUGAUGGACCGCGAGGUGAAACAGACGCUGGCCACCAAACUGUCGUCCCUGGCCAGCCCCGUGGCGGCGGUGGAGACGUUGUUUACCUUACUGGAGGUCUACGUGGACCCUGACCUCGAGUUUAUGGAGACUGCCGAUCACGCAGGCCACCGGCAGCACUGCAGCCACCUGUUCUCGGGCGCCCUCGGCGUGCACGUCCUGACCUCCUCCUUCCAGCAGCUGUCCAGUCUCCGCUUCCAGUUUGUGCGCGACCUCACCGUUCUGCUGGCCGCCAUACCCAGGCUGGAGGAAGAGACAGGCCUGACUCAGCAGAUGCGCGACACGAUGAGGAGCGAGCUGCUGCCCAAGGGAGAGUACUUGCUGCGCUGUUACCGUCUGCUGGGCUGGGCCUGCGAGGUGCUGAGUGCAGAGAAUACCAACAGCUCUCUCGACUACAACCUGAGGCAGCUGGGAACUCUGGAGAUCAUCGACAGCGGCUCCUCUCGGAUGUUGGCCCGACCAACCUCACAAGUCUCCUACCUGAGUCAGCUGUUCAUCGAGGGCGUCGGGGGUGACCAGGCUCGUCACCGUCUGGCUGCUGUGACCUCUGGAGGUCGCGCCGUGUGGAAGGAUGACCUUGGCCAGGUCCUCAACAUCCUGUGCCACAUUGUCUGGCCAGCCACUGACGAGACAAUUUUCCCAGAAUUCCUCAUCCGUUCGUGCCAGUACCUGCGCCUCCAGGAGUACGUCCACCUCCUCAGCCCGUGGUGCACCUGGAACGAGAGCAGUCGAGCGUUCUUCCUCGGGCUCUCCUAUCUGCAUUUUGACGAGACUCACAAAGCCAUGAAGCUGUUUGUGGAGGCGAGCGACGGUAUCGCCACCGAGACCUUCCUGUCGCAGAAACUGCUGCAGAGCGAGGAGACGGACCACUACACACUGCAGAUACUCUACUACCUCAAGGUGAUCAAGUUGUUGGAGGAGAAAGGUCUGUCUGACUUAGUCAUCACCAUGGCAACAGAGGCGAUUCGGAAAGCUGAUCCCGAGGAUCCGAACUUGCCGACGUUGCAGUCGAAAGUGUUCAAGGAGCACCUGAAGCUGGGUCACUGCGAGGCCAGCUUCCACGCCAUGAUGGAUAACCCAGAUCCUGAGAGGAGAAAGGACUGUCUGCGCCAGUUUUUGGUGGUGCUGUGUGAGUCGGGACAUCUUGCUGAGCUCGUUGGUUUUGAUUACAUGGACCUCAGCGAAGAGGUGGUGUACAUUUUAGAGAACAGAGCCCGGUCUGUGGACCUGUUCACCCACGACUAUUACAGUCUGCUCUUCUCCUACUUCAUCCAACGGGAGGACUACAGGGCAGCUGGGCGUGUCAUGUUGGAGCGAGGUAUGCGUCUGGCCCAAGAAGUGCCAGGACUAAAAAGCCUCCAGCAGCAGGCCCAGUGCUACCUGGCAGCUCUCAACACCCUCCACCUUGUCAAGCCGGAGAACGCCUGGAUGGUCCGACCGACGAGACGGGCCACCGCCCAGCACAGGCACGACGCAGAGCCGCCGGCGAAACGAGAUGCAGAGGGCGAGGCCAAGCCUUCAGAAGCAGGCCCCCAGAAGAUGGAGAUCCUGGAGCUGGCGGACCUGAGAAAGGAGUACCUGCUGGUGGACUGUCGACUGAGACUCAUCCGACACCAGCCCGACACUGCCCUCGUCUCAGGCCCAAUGCCAUCCCCGGAGGAGAUCCUGACACUGCUGUGUGCGGCCGGCCUCUACGACCUGGCCAUCUCGCUCAUCCACGCCUUCUCGCUGUCCCCCGAGCCGCUACUGUCCAGCCUGGCGCUACGCUGCGUCACCUUCUCCCUGUCCUCCAGUGUCUACAGCAAACUGACAGGUGAUUUUAAAAUGUGA